UCAAAUAGUAAUUUUAGUGUUCAGUGGAGGUUCAGUUAUUCAAGAUAUUUGAAUGCCAGAAUGUAGCCUAUAAUUGAAUAUUGAUAAUAUUGAGUGCCUGAUAAUGUUACAGCUAGUGCUGUUCAAAACAUACUGUUUGUUAGGGCCGAUUGUGGAUUGCAGCUUUCUGGAGAAAAGCUCAAAAUACUCCUUCAAAUAACUUCAUACUCAGCAUCCUAAAAAAUAUACCUUUUAUGAGUCAUAGUCCUAUAGCAAUGCUUUAACAAGUCUGUGUGUCAUUUCGCCACAAACUAUUUUUCAUCUCAAGUCGGUGGUUAAAGGAAGUGUGUGACACUGAUGUCAUGUGCACUAAUUUUAGCAGUAGACCAUGUUAAUAAACUGAGACUCUUAUGUGUAAGGCUUAAACAUUGCCUUCCUUGCUUUCUAAUACUAAAUUAAACAAAUACAUUCAUAACAUAUUUGUGUAAUAUGCAAUUAGUUGUGUAUAUUUUAUUAUAUACAACAGGUGGCACCUUUUUGUCACGUUUUUGUAGAAUUUUAAUGUUUUGUGUAACCAAGUGCUUUCUGUUUUUAGGGUUUGAAUGUAGAAAUAGGCCUAAUAAUAAUAAUAAUAAUAAUAAUCCACACACAACCUCUCACAGGCCUCUCUAUUUCGGAUUUCUUGAUCCAACCGAUUAAGUCCUCUGAGUUUUUGUCAAUAAACAUCUAUUAUUCAUUCAACCCCAGUUGGAUCCUGGUCUUGCUUCUGACACAACUUGUUUAAAUUUCAGGUUCCACCCGAGAGCCGGGACUGUCAAAUAAGACAAUGAAAAGGAUUGCCCUGUUUCUGGUUCUUUAUCAUAUAAUUACAUUGCUGUCUAUGGGAGGAUCACAGAGGUCUCAGAAUUCAUAAAAAAAUAUCUUAUGAAUGACUGAAGGGCUUAUGGGUUUGGAAAGACAUGAAGUGCAGUAUCUGCAAACAACUCCAGAGGGAAGUCAUGUGUUGUCUGUAGUGAAUCUAUGCAUUGAGCAAGAUGUCCAACAUAUACACUCUGAGAGAAAUGUUUGGUGGCCAGUGGUCAUCUAGCGCACGACUCGAUGGCAAAACAGUCAUUAUAACUGGAGCAAAUACUGGCAUUGGAAAAGAAACCGCAAGAGACCUGGCAGGACGCGGGGCCAGGAUAAUAAUGGCUUGCAGAGACCUUGACAAAGCAGAAGGAGCACAGAAAGAGAUCAUGGAUGAUUCAGGGAACCAAAACAUAGUGAUCAGGAAACUAGAUUUAUCUGACACCAAGUCAAUUAGAGAAUUUGCUGAGGCAAUCAACAAAGAGGAAAGAGCUAUUCACGUACUCAUUAACAAUGCUGGGAUCAUGAUGUGUCCCUACUCUAAGACAGCGGAUGGUUUUGAGAUGCAGUUUGGUGUCAACCACUUAGGUCACUUUCUGUUAACCUUCCUGCUGAUUGAUCUCCUGAAGCGAUCUGCCCCCUCAAGAAUCAUCAUCCUUUCCUCCAUGGCUCAUGGUUGGGGCACAAUAGCUCUUGAUGAUAUCAAUAGUGAGAGGAAUUACCACAGUAGGAGGGCAUAUGGUCAGAGUAAAUUGGCCAAUAUCCUUUUCACUCGUUCCUUGGCCAAAAAACUCAAGGACACAGGUGUUACAGCUUAUGCAGUCCAUCCAGGAAUUGUGCGAACAAAACUUAAAAGACAUAUGAAUCUCGGACUUCUGAUCAUGUGGAAGAUUGUCAGACCUUUCACAAAGACCCCAGUGCAGGGAGCACAAACUACCAUCUUCUGCGCAGUGGAACCAGAGUUAGACAAAGAGAGUGGUGGUUACUACAGCAACUGCAGACCUUCGAGAUGCACCAGAGCUGCUAGAGAUGAUGAAAUGGCUGAGAAACUUUGGGAGCUCAGCUGCAAAAUGCUGGGAAUAGUCUGGAACUAAAUGCAGUGUUUUCCGUACACAAUUCAGUAUAUCCAUUUUUAUUUACUAUUAUUAUUGUUAUUUACAAUUAAUUCCAACAUGAACACCCAAGAAAAAAUGCCAUGACACAAACCAACAAAUGCUUAUUUCUGAGUAGGUUGUUUUAUUUUAAAGUUAGAAUAAGAAAAAUAGAUUUUUCCCCAUUCAUAAACGAUAAAGACUCUUGAUAUAAGUACAUUAAACGGCGAGCAUGUAACAAUUAUACACUGCACUUAAAGUCAAUUUUAGCUGUUUGACCUUCCACAAGGAAUAUUUCCUUAAACCCAACACUGUUUAACAACAGUGUUAAAGUGUUUUUUUGAGAACUAAACAUUUUUGACAGAAUCAAUUACACAAAUACUUUAGCGUUUGUUUAAUCUCUUUUUAAUGUUUUGGUGAUUUCCCAGAUUUUUUUUUUUUUUUUUUUUUUGUAAAAUGCAAUCUGUGUUAAGUUUAAUGAUGCAAAUCAAUUGAGGAUAAUGAAUGUUACAACAUGUAUGCAUGUAUAUCACAACAUCUUUUGUGCUGUAGGAAAUAAUAAUAUAACACUAUCAUAAAUGUAUACAGUUAAUCUAUACAGUUUAAUAAACUUGAUCAUUUGUA